AGCAGCCGGGGAGCGGCCACAAAAUGUCUCCAAAGCCAGAGAGCAUGAACACUCCUUCGGUGCUGGUGUCAUUUGAAGACGUGGCUGUGGACUUCACCCAGGAGGAAUGGCGGCACAUGGACAGUGCCCAGAGGACCCUGUACAGGGAGGUGAUGCUUGAGACCUAUCGCAAUCUGCUGUCCGUGGGGUGUGAAAUGACCGCGCCUACUGUGAUCUUCAAGUUGGAGCAAGGAGAAAUGCUAUGGCCAGUGGAAAAAUCUGGACACUGUCAGCUUUCAGAUUCCCACAGAAAGGAUGAGCUGCUUGGUGACAAUCAGGAAAGCCAAGAAACAAACUUCAGGCAAGUUGCAAUCACAAAAACAAUAUAUUGCUCUCAAAAAUGUUGA